AUGAAUUCGGGAAAUUUACAACUCCAAAGCAUCAAGUACGUAUCAUACGACGCCACUGAGUGUAACGAGAGACAGGGCAGGAGCCAUUUCGAAAACGUCUUGCUAGACAACCACCGCAAUAUCUCCACUAAACAGGAGGUGGCAAUGAAGAUUGCCUGGCAGCGGCAGACUGGAUUAACCGACACCGGUGGUGGUCAAAUCAGGAAAGGUCAAGCAUUUACUCUACGAGGAGAUGGCGUGCACACGCAAUGUCACGAACUCAGUGGCUCUGCGGAGGUGAUGCCGUUUGUGUUUCUCCUCCGCAAGCCGGCACGAUCGGAUGGAUACCCUAGGCCUGUAACUAGACCAGUGUUCUGUGCCAAAAUGCCUGAUGAGCACGCGAGGACGCACAGUAGCUUUGAAAGCUCUAUUCUCGAUCCCUCGGAGGACGCGCUGCGGUGUUCCCUCAGCAGCUUGUUCGUGCUCGAGGCGAAUAAAAAACACUAUGCUGGACUCAUACGAGUAAACCAGAUGUCAGACUGUGGGUGGGUUCACGACUCCUUUUUCGUAACCACAUCCCUGGCGCCGGUAACUUUCGAAAUCAUCACACGUUAUCAGUUCCGCAUCAACAUGUCGUUCAACGUUCAACGUUCAAGGGCAAUCAAUAUGCCCCGUGCACAGCGACAGAAGCAGGAUUGGCAUAGGGUUUGUAUUCUGUUCCGGCAUAAGCAAGACCGUUUCGAGGAGCUUUUCACUCCAGAUCAUCAAGAUUUAGAUGGGGAAGUCAGUGAACGGCUGACCCGCUUUUUCCGUGGGACAGCCACGGGCCUCCGUGUUCUCUCUCUGAUAGUUACAGUAUUCGUGCCCGACCUCGGGUCCCCAUGUCCAGCGGCGGACUGGGAAGUGCAACAAAUUCUUUGA